ACCACAGAAACAUCCAAGUAACAAUAUGGAGGGUUGUAAAUGUCUAGGUUAUGAGCCGGAUAUUUUAAAAUAGUCAGCAUAUAGAAACCUAAAAUGGAUGUUACUAAAAACAAAUAUUGCAGCCUAUUUUUUCACGCCAUGCUGAACUAUACCCUAUAACCACUGGGACCUAACUAAGUAAUUAAAUAUUACAUAAGGUUGACAUAAAUAAUUUAAUUAAGACAAGGCUAAGCCAUCAAUGCCAUCAUAAUGGCAUUUAAAUUCAUACUUGGACAUCACAUAAAAUCAAUUCUCAAUGAUGUGGAAGAAAAGCAAAAAAAGGAUAUCAGUGAUUAUGCUAAAGGACAUCUCAAUGAAUCUAGACUUUUAAAUGCCCCGUUAUCAUUUAACCGAAAGUCAUGGGCUUCAGCACGUGGAGAACAACAGCAAAAUAAAUGCAAUAAAUUGAAUAAACCUUCCAACUUCGUACAUAAAAUAAAUAUCAAGGAAAGGAUAUCACCAAGAAUAGAUGCUCUCUUUGACUUUAGUCUUGGUACAUCAGGAGUUAUUCCUCCUUUAAGAAACAAAACAGUAAAAACUCCAGAAGUCCGUUAUAGGUUUGUUUAUUUUAUUUUCUAACCAAUACUUUACUUUAGAUAAUUCUGUACUGUGAUAUUUAAUUAUAUACUUAUAUUUAGAUAUAUAUACUUAUAUAUCAUAUCAUAUUUAUUCUUUAAAAAAACUAGAAGAAAAAAUUUCAGCAAAAUAAAAUUAUGCAGGACUAAUGGGAGCCAUGUUUUGUUCAUAUACAUACUGUGCAUCCAAAAAGAAAAAAAAAAAAAAAAAUCAAACUGAUUUUUAUAAAAUAACUUGAAAAAAAAAAAAAGAAAAAAUUUCAGCAAAAAAAAAUUAAGCAGGACUAAUGGGAGCCAUUUUUUUUUUAUAUACAUACUGUGCAUCCAAAAAAAAAAAAAAAAAAAAAAAUCAAACUGAUUUUUAUAAAAUAACUUGCAUUUAAAUUCUGCAAUCAUAUUACCUCCCUCUGUUUUCUUAUAAAGAAUAUAUUUUUAUAAGAGAUUCAGAUUUUAAAGAAAGAUGUACCUGAAACUAAUAGACUAAUUAUUACAACUGUCUACAUUAUUAGUGGGUUCUUCUAAAUAUCACACCAAUAUAUAAUAUUAUCAUAUUUAAUGUGAGAUGACAUAAUGAAAAUUUUUUUUGUUACAACACAGAUUGUUUACCCAUUUAGACCCUGAAAAAGUAAAGGAAAACGAUAUACAUCCUGAGACUCCACUGUCAUUAUACUCCCAGUUGGAUGAUGGAGUUCUAAUUGAAGAGCUUCCACUUCAGGAAGUCAGGAUGCCUAUACCAGAUAUUCCCAGGAAAGCUGUGGCAGAUGAUAAGGAAUCUGAUCUCCCCUCUAUAAAAGGGGAUAGCAUGACUACAUCAGAUGCAUCUUUUCAUACUAAACCUUCAGUUUUAAACUCACAAGAUCUAUAUCUUCAAUCAACACUUGGGAUGUUUAGUAAAGGUAAUUUUUCUAUGCCUAUGUAAAGUGAUUGUAUGUUUGUGUAUAUAUAUUUUAUCAAAUUUUUAAACCUCCUUGAUCCUUUUUUCAUCAUUACUGUCAAGUAUUAUAUUUAUUGAUUUAUUGAAAUUAUAUAACAUCUCAUCAUCUGAUCGAGAAAUGUUUAAUUAUUCAAGAUGUAAAAUCAUUUAUAAAUAAAAUUGCACCUCAUGAAAUAAUUUUUUUGUUAUGUAUUUGCUAUAAGGUUUAAAACCUUCAUCAUCAUGUUUAUUUUAAGGUAGAACUUGAAAAAAAAGGUUCGUUACUUUCAGGUAUAACACGAAAAGACCAGUACAAAAAAAUGAUGGAUUUUAAUGCUGAAAUUCUCCGUAAGAAUGAUAUGUGUGAGCUGAACAUUAUGUCAGGUGAAAAAGUUGCUUUGCAUCAUGCAAUUAAAUUAGAUAAGGUAAAGUGAAUGUUAAUUGUUAAGAAGUAAAUUAUUGUAACAUUAAAAAAAAAACAAUUUAGCAUUAAGAGAUAACAUUGUUUAAGAGAUUGCUGCAUUUUUAAAAAUACUUAUCUGACCAAUAAAUGAUGCUGGGUGCUGCUGUGUGCAGUUCAUGGCUAGACAUUUAAAUUGUUCUGCAGUGGGCUAGGUGCAAUAUUUUUAUAAAGCAGAACAUUCAUUUAUUUUUAAAUAAAUAAAUUUAUGUAAUUUUUUAAUAUCAUGUUUGUUUUUGCAAAUUUUUAUGUGAAGCUCAGUGAACCCAGUCCUAAGCUGGGGUACCACGCUAUAUAAGACCACAGUAUUAUUAUUAUUAUUAAAAAGCUUAAUUUGUGUAAAUUAAUACAGUAAAAAAGCUCAGACUGAUCAAUAUUGUUCCAAACAAAAAAAAACAUAUAGAGAAAGAAACACAAAAUAAAUAAUAAAAAAAAAUAGAAAGUAAACUGAAUUUUUUCUAUGCACACCUUAUAAGUGGAUGAUUUGACUAACUAAAAAUGUAUGAAUUUAUACUUCAGGAACUUGAGGACUUGAAUUUGAGUGGAAUGGGUCCAAACUUUCACAGACUUUUUUAAUAACAAACUUAGUGCAAACAAGGUUAGAAUACAUAAAAAAGAAUUUUAUAAAAAAAAAAAAAAAAAAGAAAAAAUGAGCCCAAAAAGGUCUCUGCUAGAAAGAUAUAUGAUGUAUAGGUUCUAUGUGAAUUGAUGUAUAUAGGCCUAGCAACAUUCUUCAUAGUCCAUUAUGAAAUAUUAAGGGAUUUAAAAAUAAUAAUAUCCAAUCCAUUCAAGGCUGGUCCAAAAUUUUCUAGAAAGUUUGAGAAUUUUAAUGGGUAGAUCUAUUGCAUUAUUAAACCGAUUUUAAUGAAACAGCUUUUUAAGUUUUCAAUCCAUUAUUUAUCUGAAUGAUUGUUAUAGGGCCCUCUAUCUUGGGCAUAAAUAAAAACUAUAACUUAUGGAAUGGGCUCCCGCUGGGGUCUAUUUUUUUAAAACUUAAAUAAAAAUGGUUAUUGUUAUGGCAAUUACUUGUAAGAUGUUUUAUAUUCAAAAAAUUAUUGCUUAGAAAAGUAAUUUUUUCACAUAUUUUGAGGAGGUUAUCAAAUUUAGUCUAGAAUGUUCCAGAAAGUUUUAUAUUAUUCCACAGGAAUAUUUAGUGGGAUCUAAAAGCUUAUUGAAAUGUUAGUUUAGUUCUUUUCAUGUCUACACUUUCCUUUAAUUAUUUUUUCAUAACAUCAAGGAAACUCCUUGAAAGUUAAUGAAACAUAAUAAACACGAUAAGAGCUUUUAUAUAAUGGCCUAAGCUUUAAACAGAAAUGAAGUUGAAGGCCUAGAUUCAGUAUACACUAUUUGUGUAUUGGUGGAUCUUGGCCAAAUUAGGUAAACAUACUCUUCAUAAUCCCAGCGGGUGACAGGAUCCCACUGGUAACUUGAUCCCACCAAGGAGCAGGAUCCUAACAGGGAAAGGGAUCCAACUGAGAAAAUGUGAUCCCACCUGAAAACAGUAUCGCAACAGAGAAAUGAGAUCCCAUCCAGAUUGGGAUUCCAAGGGGGUCAGGAUCCCAUUUGGAAAGUGAUCCCAUUGUAAAUGGGGUCCCAAUGGGACCCUCAAAUUGGGAUCAGAAACCCAUCAGGGUUGUAAACCAUACUGGGUAAUAGGAUACCUAUAGGGAAGGCAUCCCACUUGGUAAUGGGAUCCCAAUAAGGAAGGAAUCUCACUGGGGCCCUGGAUCCGAAUGGGAAAUGAGAUCUGUUUGGAAUCCUAUUUUGAAAAUAUGUUGUUUAGAGGAAAAAAUUAUUUUUUUGUCAUUGCAAUGUGGUUAUUUCCUGCCCAUUAAUUUUGAUGCUAGCUAAAAGACUAUAGAAACGUUUUUUUUCGUAAUGCCAUCCCGAGCGACACUUGGUAUAUUGUUUAGUAUGUAAAGAUAUUUAUUACAAAUUUCAGACUUUAACAAAGAAAGGGAAAAAAAACUUUAUUGAGUAAAUUCUGUCCUUAUACUCACAUUGUUAAUACAAUAGAGAAAAAAUGUGGAUUAGCCUAAUGCAGUGAAUUAAUUUGCCUUAAAACAGACAGAAUACGACAAUUACAUCGCAAAACUUUUGGAUGGCCAAACAUCUCAGCAGCAUUUGCUAAGGGAUCAAGUCAAUCAAAUGGCAUCAAGAGGAACAUCACGGCCAGGUGAAAUGUCUGCAGCAGCUCAGAGACUGAAGGUUUUGGAAGACAAGGCCAAAUAUUUGUUGGAAAUGAAUGAAAGGUUAGUUUUAUAACUUUGGUACUAAGCCCAUAGAUAUGACAAACUUAAAGAAAUCAUUGCAGUGCCAUUGUUUGUUGUUUUAUAUUUUAAAAAUUCCACUGAUAAAAAAUGAAUUACUGUCUACUAAUGGCUGAUAUUUCAAUUCUUUAUUUCAGAUUAAAAGUAGAUAUGAGAACAGAACAGCACAAUUUAAAUAAAACUCCAGAAGUUCCAGGUAACUACGGAAUAAUUGUUUGUCAAUCCUUAAUUUAAAAGUCGUCACUGCAAAUUAAACUAGAUCAGACUGUGAUAAAGAAUUUAGAGAGAAUAUUUCACUUAUUUUUUUUCUUUAAGAAUAAUACAUUUCUUCCUCUAAAUUUGGUUUUGUGUGGGUUAUGAAAAUUGUAAGAUUCCAUUAUAAGAUUCAAUUUUUCAGAAUAUUUAUAAGUGCUCCUGAUAAAUUUGAUUAUUUGAAAUAUUCAAAAGUGCUCCUUCCAAUCAUUUGGGGAAUGUUGUAUUCAUUUUUAAUAUUUUAAGGAACCUUGGCAUCUAAAUUAUUUUAUAGACAGGUAUUGAAAUAUUUUAAUGCACUAUUUAAUGCUGAGUUAUUUUAACCAAAAUAGGUUGGGAAUAAAGCAAAUAAAAAAUGUUAUUUUCUUAAAGAAAUCAACAUGUAUUCAUCUUUAUUUCCUUUUCUCCUUUGAGACCUUUAGGAUCAAAAAGGCAUUGUCGAUUCUUCAGCAAUACCUUAAUUCAUAAUGUUAACAAUAUCAGCAAAAAGGUUCAAAAUGUUUAUGGGAUGUACCUAUCAUUAUAUUAAAAUAAUUUUUCAGUGAGAAAAGUGCAGGAACUUCAAGGUUUGUCAGGAAAAACAAAUUUAAAAAAAACAAAAUUUCUUUUUAAAUUCUCUUUUCUAUUUAUAAGGAUGGCAUUAUUUAAUUCAAGAAAUCUUUAGAAUUUUAACGUAUCAUUCUUGACAUGAAUACAUUUUUUCAUUGUAGUAUCACUGUAAAUAUAUUUAGUUGCAGGAAAGUUUACAUACUAUUACUGACAAUAUUCCUGGUAACAUUCAACAAAUGUUUUUUUAAGACAAUGUGGAACUUUUUUUAGCAUUCAAACUUAAUGUGGAAAAGAAUUAUGUAACGAAAUUUAUUUAAUUUUUUUUUACAUUUCAAAUUCACAAGACACAAUGAUAAUUUUUGCCAUGGCUUCCUCAUUAGUUUAUGAGUGAGAUUGCAUUUCACUCCUCAUAAAAUGAAUUUAUUUGGGCAUCUGUAACAGUACUUUAGCGAGAUAUGCAUUGAUACCCAAUUUUAAAAUCAUGUCAAGUUGGCUUCUGUCUCUGGUGGUUGAUUUUUUAAAAACUCUUGAGUUACUGAUCUAACUAAAAAUAGCUGCACUUUUGGGCUGAGGAGUUAUACCACCUUGGGGAUUUCCUAGUGUGCAGAAAAUUACUGAAGUUGUAUAUCUGGUUCUUGAUAGCAAUAAGGUUCAUGGUCAAAUGUUUACAGACUGCUGUGUAAUGGGAGUAUUUAAAACAAAAAUUUAGCCUUAAGUUUCUGAUCUUCUCAAAACAGACACACACAAAAAAUGUCUACAUUUUUAAGCUUAUUUAAAGAGAUAAUAGGAUAAUUAAAAAAAACAUUAACCUAAAAUUUAAACAAAUACUGAGUUGGCAUUGAGAUUUAGAAUUAAUUUGUUGCGGAUUGAUCUAAAAUAAUCUUUUUUAAUUUUACCACACCAAUUAAUUUUUUAAAAGUUGAAACUCAUAUAAAUGACCAUUUUUUAAUGAUUGAAAUAAUUGAUUAACAAUACAUUUUUCUUUUAAAUUUUUAGCUAUUUUAAUUUUUCAUUUGAAUCAAACAACACCUGCCUCAUCUUUAUUUAAUUAAUUUAUAUUUUCUGAUUAUUUCCUACCUAUUUUGAGGAUAUGGGGUAUUUUUCAUUACAUAAAAUUACCAUAGUUUGCUUUUUAGUAAAUAUGUAUAGGUAAAUUGAUAAAAUCUUUGCCUUUAAUUUUAUUCAAGACUUCUAUCUUUCCAUUUAAUGCUACUAGACUUAGACUUGACUUUACAUCCAUCUCAUUUCAUUAUAUUCUUUAUCUCAUUGAAUAACUUUUAAAUAUCACUAAUCAUUAUAUUCUUUAUUAGAAAAUAAUUAAGCCUAUAUUAAUAUUAAUUAUAGGCCUAAACGUGUCUCGUCAUACAUGAUGUAGGUCCAUGAUGUGUUUUUUCUGUAUAAUUUAUAAAACCUGUGGCAUACUCUGGUACAUUUUUUUAUUGAACGGGUACAACAGUAUAAAUCCUUUAGACGAGCAAUUAUUGUCACUAUUUUAAUUAUAUCAGUUCAUUUUGUCCUUAUAUUUUCCAUUGCUUAAAAUUCAAUAAUUUUUUUUUAGAGGUAUAUAAUCAAUUAAUCAGUAAAUUUAUAGUUAAUUUAAAAAAAGAAUCAACAAUAUGAUCUCAAUAGAACAUCUAAUACAUUUUAGUUUAAAAUUUUGAGAUUGUCAGGUCAUGUUCACAACUAGUCAUUUUAAAUUUAAAAUGUAAAUCAUUAUUUGUCUAAUGAUUAAAAUUUUAAAAGUUAAAACUACUCAGGAUAAAAAGGAUCUUAGAAAAAGAUAUUCAUUAGAAAAAAAAUUUUUAUGACUAAAUUUAUGUCUUUGUUAUUUCAGCUAAAAGAACUCCACCUGGUGGCUAUUCUAAGAAAGAGCAGCCUGUUGAGCUAUCACUGGAACUUGAAAACAUGAAAGUGUGUUAGCAAUUAUUUAUGAAAGUCCCUCAGAAGAAAAAAAAAGUUAUUUUAUAUCUUUAAGAAGGCAAUUUCACGGUUAAAGUUCAUGAACUUUAAGCCAGGGUUUUCCAACCUUUUCUUUAUUCUGCACCCCUAGGAAUUGUUUGACUAAUUCUCACAUUUCUACAAAAUGUUUGACUGAGUCUGCCACACCCUAUAAAAAGAUACAAUGCAUUUUAAACUAAAAAAAGGGACUUCUAAUUUUUUUUUAUUGAAUAACAAAGAGAACUGUAGAGCUUAUAAAAUAAACUUUGAACUGAUUACAUAAAGUAAAAAUUUAAUGAAUAAAUUUAAAAUUAUAAAAUAUUUAUAUCCUAACUUAAAAGUCAAUGGCUCCACUGUCAUUAUAAACACUUAAUUAAACUCACAGCCCCUGAAAUGCUGCCUCACAUAGAAUUAGGAAACCUUGCUUUAAGUUUAAGCAAUAAUAAAACAACUUCAAUUAAGUUUUGUGACACUAAAUUAAACAAUUAUAAAUAAAACUUAAGCACAUUUGAAAUCAUUUAAAGCAAGAUAUAUAAAAAUAAUUAAAUAUUAAAAUCCUUAUCAGCAAUCAACAAUUCGUCAUGCUUUUUGUAUUAACGUAGAAUCUUAUUUUAGUUUUAAAAAGUUUUGAAUUGUUCUGUUAAGUUUUAAACACCAAUAACUGUUAGAAAUUUCAUGUAUACAUAUUAUAAAUUUGAUAGGCUUUAAUCUUGGAAAAAUUGGAUGAGCUUAACACUCAACAUGUUCAGCUGAGAGAGGAUUAUGUGCCCAUUACAGUGUGCACCCAUCUUGAACAGUGCAUUAAGGAAACUGAGGUCAGAAUCAAGACUUUUUGCCUUCAUAUUUUUAAUUUGCUUAUACAAUUCUACCAUGUUCAUUUGUACUUAGAUAGUAUUUGUUUUUUUUUUUGUUCUUUUUUGUUUUUUUUUGUUCGGAAGACAAUUUUUGUAAGAAUCUUGUACCUUAUCUUGCAACAUAGAUGUUUGAUUGUAUUUAUUAGGUAGAAGUACAAAAGCUGUUAAAGCAGAAUGAAUAUUUUGAAAGGAGCAUUGCAGAAAUGGAGGCAGAUUUGAAAGAGGCCAUCAUUGAAGCCGACACCAGUGAAAAAGAUGCCAGGUAUUCUUUACUGCAUGAUAUUUAAAUACUUUAAUUUCAUUGAUAUAAUUGGAAUUGUCAUCAAAGUGAAAAAAGGUUUAAAAAAAUAAAUAUUUUUCAAAAUUAAAAACUAUCUUUCAAAAUGAACAAUUUAACAAAAAGUAUAAAGCUCUAUUUUGUUUAAUUUAAAUUUAAUUAAAAUGUUGUUUUCAGGAGGAUCUGGCGCAAGGUGAACUCUAGACGUGGCAUGCCAGGCUCCCAGCACAGCAAGGACAGUGAUGAUGACUGUGAUGAUGAGACCAAAUGGAACUGGUACAUCUCAUAAUAUCUCAAUGCCAAUCUGGUUGCUGCAUACAGUGGUUAUCAACAGUUGUAAAAUAGUUGAGCAGUGUCAGAGAUUUUACAUUAACACAUUUUCUGAGUUUUGUUAUACUGUCAUCCAAUCAAAAUUGUCAACUGUUGAGCAUCAUUCAAUCAUAUCUUUUGGAUUACAUUGUCCUCAUGUAAUGUAAAAACAAUUUUAAAGUAAUGAAAGUAUUGUACGCAAGUAGUAAGAAUUUAUUAUUUAACUAAAACUGAGAGAUUCUUCGUUUUAUUCAGAUCUAUACAUUAACGACCUUGGCCCCCAUUCUAUAUUUCUUGUAGUUAUUGUAGCAUGGUGAUUAGCAUAAGAAGUUUCUUUGUUUCUUUGGGCUAUUCAAUUCAACCAUUGGAUAGAAUGUUGUAUAGGCAUUUUAUUCAUGCCAGUAACCACCAUGGAUAAGCUUACUUAGCUUAUUAAUGCCUGUGUCUAAAGCCAAUUCAAGAUUUGUUAUUGUAAAUAAGAAUGCUAUGUUUUUACAUUACGUGUAAAUAUAUUUUAUAUAUUGUAUUUUUAAAUUAAGACAUUAGUGAAAUAUUAAUAUUUAUUUUCCUAAUUUAUAAAGUAUUGUUUUUGAUUUUGCCCAAUCAUUUAAAAUGACUUGCAAAGAAUUAUUGUUUAUAUAUUUCUUAUUAUUUAUGACUUCAAAGGAAAGUAUGGUUUGCAAAAUAUGCAAAAUAACCAUUUUGUAUGAACUUGGAUUCAGAACAACACAUAAAACGUACAUAAGUAUUAAAAAGCAUUGAGGGAA